UUUUUUUAUUCUAUUCGAAAAUUAGGACCCUUAAAAAUAACCUUCAAAAAAAUUUAUUUUCAGCCGAACCUCAUUUUUAGAUACCAGCUAGGGGAUGAGAAAUCUUACCUCAUCCAAAUAUCUAUAUUAGAUCGGUGAGGGAAAACUUGGGGGGGGAGGGGGGAGCUGGGGAGGAAAAAAUGGGGUCUGUCAGGUUCAAUAUUACCUAGAAGCCUAUGCAUCUCCCCAAACCACCAUGGCCAACCAAAUUUAAAAAAUCAGAACAAAAUUCAGAACUUCAGGCUGCGCCAAAACCUUUCAGCGACUAAGGGAGCAGGCAAAGUACCGCGAGCCCAACGUAUUACAAAGCAAUAACUUUUUUCAAAAUAGUCGAGUCCGGACGCCUUAGUAUGGUUCUAUGCAUCUCGAUAAGCUGAAUCGAACCAUAUCAGGGCGUCCCGGAUCUGACCUUUUUGAACGAAGUUAUAGCUCUGCGGUACGUUGGCCCCAGCGCCUAAACGACCCUCCCCAAAUAAAAACAUUUUAAAUUAAAGGAUACCUUAUUGGGGUUUACUAAUAAAUAAGAUUCUACUGAUUUUUUAAAUUUUAGAAUUUUUUAAAAAAUUUUUGUAAAUAUUAAAAAAAUGAUUUUUGAGGCUCAAGCAACCGUGCCAAUUAGUGAAGAAGAAUUGUUUCGCCAGCAGGAAGAGUUGCGCCGGCGUGAACAAGAAUUAAUUCGACGCCAACAAGAUUUGGACAACCGCGCACGUCAACAACAACGUGCGGGUAAUGGGCAGAGACCGCCUCACAAUUGGCCGCCUCUGCCCAAAAUUAUACCGUUGGAGCCUUGUUUUUAUCAGGAUAUUGAUGUGGAGAUUCCUGCACAGUUUCAAGUGAAUAUUUUUAUAUUGAAAAUAUUCUGA